UUGCUAGGUACCCUUGGACAACCUAGAAUCUCUGUCCGUACCAUCCAACGUCAUAAGCACUACGCAUUUCUUUCUUUUCUUUUCUGACAUUCCUCUUUUUUCUCUAAUCCUAUUCUUUAUGAGGCAGCUUCUCUUGAUCUCCUGACCCCAAUUGAUAUCGCGAAUUAUAACCAGCUUCAUAUACUUGAACACCUUGCUUUACCUGUGGUAUUCUUCAGCUACCGCAUUCCUUCAACGUUACGAAUUACAGCUCCUCAUUUUCAUCUACUUCCAUGUCCGACGUACGCUCUCUUUUGCGGCAACAGCGCGCUGCUCGCCGUAUCGAACACCCAUAUGCCGCCUAUUCUGAUGCAGGCAAACUUCUAUGCACCCUCUGCCACGAGCAAAUCAAGGCCGAAUCGUUAUGGGACUCACAUGUCCGAGGAGAGGCACACAAAACUCGCUUAAUAAAAGCUCAAACGACGGCGCCUUCCAACGCUCGGGCUUCACAACAGACUUCACAAAAACGAAAACACGACGAUAACGAGGAGGCUAUCGACGAUAAAGACGGAGAUGUCGAAAUGGACGAUGGCAGGCGGAAACGAAAUAAGACGGAUGGAGUGGAUGGAGACGGAGAUAGGGAUAACAAGGAUCAGACUUUGACACCACCUCGAUUGACUAGGAGGACGUCGACUACACCGUCACAAGGGGUUGAGAUCCAAAUCCCAUCGAGACCAGCAACACCAGCCCAUCGAGAUGGCUCUUCCGCUUCCACCCCUGGAGGUCAGCUUAAUAACCUGACCUCACAAUCUGCCACUGCAUCGCUCCCGUCACGCCAGGCCAGUAGUCUGACUGCAGACGAGCGCCUUACAUCUGCGGUAGCAAUAGCGGUUGAUGAGGCAGAAUGGGCAGCAUUCGAGGCCGACAUUGCUGCUACAACAGCCACAUACGAUGAAGACGCGACUAUAUCAGCCCCAGCCAUGACGGCGGAGGAAGCUGCCGCCGCCGAUGCCCAGAAGGAGGAGGAGGCCGAGAAGCGACGCGCUCAAGCUGACGUCGAUCUCGAAGACGAAAAGGAGGAAGCAACACGUGCGCUCGAAGAGGAAUUUGAAGAAAUGGAAGAGCUCGAAGCUCGCGUGAAGCGGUUAAAGGACAAGAGGGAAGCCCUACGGAAACGUAGUGAAAGCUUCAGCCAAGAAAAUGGCACUGGAAAACCUCCAAGCUUGGGCAAAGAGAAUCUGGACACGCCAGCUAUUGAAGAGAAGGAAGAGGACGACGAUGAGGAGGAGGACGAAGAAGAUGAUGAUUGGGAUGGUUUCAGGUUUCGUACAGCCUGAGCAAAAGGGACUUUGUGCAUAACCAUGCAUGAUAGAAAGAUACCACUCGUGAGGGGUUCGCCGAUCGCCUUCACAUGGCCCGGUACACAUAACGGAGUUCGUCGAUUUUGUAACAUCACCACAUCGUACAUAAUGUAUCAUACAAGUAAUCCUGCCGACAGGACGAAAGCCACUACUACCGCUGACGUCUCCCUGUCAGAACUGUGACCAAUACAGAACCGAACUAUAGUGGUCCUUCAUGCAUGAUUGCAAACGCGACCUUACAACGAUUCACCUCAUAGAAGUUGAUAUCACUGACUUACCAAGCACUGUCUCGCUCCUCGCCACGACUAACUCUUUCCCAAAACUUACGGAGGCGCCACACGCGUCCUAUGCCACGGCUCUCCUCCCAUUUUCUUACGCCAUCUUGGCGCUCUUUGACUUCACGCUUCCAUCUCGACGCGAUCCACUGUCGCAAUCCGUCCUUAACUCUCUCUUUCUCGAUUGCCUUCUUCUUGGCGACAAUUGCUGGCGCCACAUGCACUGACGUCAUACCAGGCACGCACUCCUUGGGUAAAACAGAACGCUCAACCAAGGCUGCGGCCGAGGGUCUGGCUGCCAAGCGGCGAGACAAUCGGAUUGAUACCAAGGAUCGGGCUAACUUUCGAGAAACUAUGGAAGUAUGUGUCAUGAAGAUUGAACGAGCAAUGAGAUCAGCCAGUGUUGGACGAGAUGGUGACGAUAGGCGUGAUGGAAGGUUAAUUCGGGCUCGCUGAAGCCGAUAAUGGUGUAAAAUAGGGGCUUGAGAAAUAUCGCGAAGGAGAUGGCUCGUCUAAAUCUGUAUCAGUCUGUGUUCCCAAGGUCUCGGGCUGUCGGAACCAAUUCAAGGUCUCAUGAAUGAUCCCGGCAUGUCAAUAGGAAGGUAGACUUUAUUCUUGCUAACGGUAGGUAGUCGAUACUUACUCUCGACGUUGACAGAAGGUCGUUGACGUCCAGGAAACCCAUAAUGUGAAACAAAACCUCGUUUGGCAGGUCCUCGAGGGAGGGCGAAAGAAGGGCACUUCGCAGUCUGAUACAACUGACAGCGCUUGUCCUAAGCGAUGAGCCUGAGCAAACGUCACCAGUCGCAAAGUUCAGGCAGGCUACCUCUUGAGGGUUGCUGGGGGCGAUUGGGCUGGCUGCAGAUCGGGCAUCAGUGGUCACGAACAUCGCAGGGUAGGAUCUGUUGACAUCCUCGCCCGGAGCUAAACAGCCAGCGUUCUCGAGACGGGGUGAAGCGAACGACAGCCGAUGUACCUGUGAGGUGAGCUGUUCAGGCGAUGUGGCAACAGGCUUCAUGACGAUCUAAGUAAUAACCCUCGGCGCUAUUUGCAACAAAGGGUACUGCGAAAGGGUGUGAGGAUGGGGGUAUUGGUAUAAUAUGUCAACCCAGCAGGCCCGAUGUCCGCGAAGGUCCGGCAAGACGGCUGAACGCAACCAAGAGGCGAGAGAACAUAUGUGUCAGGCAAGUGUCGAGUGAUCGUCACAUGUACAGCUGGGUUGAGGCUCCAAAGACCUGGCAGUGUUGCUGCGCGUGAUUCCGACAGACAAUGUUGUGUGGGUGAUGGACUCCCGCACAAACAAGAAGAAUACGGAGAACCCGGUGGAUAAUACAGAGUGGCGAUGAGGGAAUACACGACGAGGCAUAAACACGGCGCGUAAGAAGUGCGGUCGCUGACACGGCCGGUCUGGUCAGUCGGUUGUAACCACAAUAUCGAGAAAGGAAACAGCAAUUCAGGGAGAAAUUGUGGCGGGGCCAGCAAGAAUUUGUUGUCGUCGAAGCUUUUGACCACCGGAGAUGGAGUGGCUCGAUGUGUUGGAGCGACUCCGUCCGUCGAAGGCGACGGUUUGAAUGUUGAGGCUAGAGUAUUACUGAUGACGCGUAGGGCGCUAAGAAAGGUGAAUAGGUAUUUCAGCCGGUAGGUGAGCCUCAAGCUGUAAACCCUGAUAGUCCUGCGCCUAAAUUGAAAUACUUAUUGCGCUAUAUCGCGGAUAGUAGGUAUGCAGCUGUCACUUUAAGAGGGUAUGAUAGAUGAUGUGAGUAUUUGGUUCGUGAGACAACAUGAAGUUCGACAUGAAACUUGGAGUUGAGGGGAAGGGCAUUAAAGUGGAGCAGUGGAGGACGUAUUGGGUUAGCUGGUAUGGAGGUUAAGCGCAAGCGUUAAGGUAUCGAACUACACUAAUGGCGGGAGCCUAAUAAAAGGCAUGGUGACGACACCCUCUAUUGGUCAACCUCUUCACAAACUCUUGUUCAAAAACGGAUCAGUUGCAGGGCUGCAACUUGAAUAUGGCUCCGAAUUGCUUAAGAUACAUGUAUACCUUAGGCAAGGAACAAGAUAAAUUGGUUCUCAAUAGGUACUGACUGCAUCGAAGCUUUAUAAGCAGUGUCAUUUACCUAGGUAAGUAUUAUUGCAGGUAUUAACGCCAUAAAGUAAUCCGAAGUUCUUAGGAACCAUGAACUUAAAAACACUCAAAAGACACCCGAGGAAACGAGCACUUAACUUGAUGAGAUAGAGGAAAUUCAAAAUGCAC